GGGUGAAGGAAACAUUGUAGCAAACGAUUCCGUCACCAGAGAGUGCAGUAUGUUUACGCGCCCAUACAGGAAGUCGAUGAAUGACGUCACUGCCUGGUAUAUCGGACUCGUUUGGUUUACCCGGCUGGUGUGUUACAGAGAAGCAAUGGUUAAUCCGUGGGUAGAGGACAUGAAGACAUGCUGAAAGCCGAGCUAGCUGAAAUGCUGCAAUCUUCUCUGACGUACGACGCGUAGACGUCAGUUUGGAGAAAAGUAUUUCCGGUCACCUCACGCCAGUGAUUAUUAUUCGGACACACCGUGUGAGUAGUGAUUGAAGAUUCAGGAAGUGUAAGUAUUCAUUUGGGGAGGGGAAAAAAAAUCGGAUGACAGUUCUCUCACACUACCAGGACGACAUGAAAAGCUGUGAAUAUCAACAAAUAGAUCCUCAUGCACUGGCUACACCAACACCUGGAAACACUACAGCUCCUUCGCGUCCUUGCCAAGAAAAGAAGUCCUUGCCCAGACGCCUUAAGAGGAAAUGGGAAGUGUUUCCGGGAAAGAAUCGAUUUUACUGUGAUGGUCGGAUCAUGGUGGCACGUCAAAGCGGUGUUCUUCCUCUCACCAUGGGGCUCAUCCUCGUCACCAGCGGCUUAUUUUUCGUUUUUGAUUGUCCCUUUCUUGUCGAACACCUGACCGGAUGCAUCCCAGUGAUUGCAGGAGUCCUUUUCGUGUUUGUGGUCAUCUCUCUUCUUCAGACCAGCUUCUCAGACCCGGGUAUUCUUCCUAGAGCGACACCUGAGGAGGCAGCCGACAUCGAGAAACAGAUUGAUAACCCCAACGGCUGUACCUCGUCCUAUCGGCCCCCUCCUCGCACCAAGGAGAUCGUUAUCAACCAGCGGGUCGUUAAGCUAAAGUACUGCUUCACCUGCAAGAUCUUCCGGCCGCCACGCACCUCCCAUUGCAGCUUAUGUGACAACUGUGUGGAGCGGUUUGACCACCAUUGCCCCUGGGUAGGAAAUUGCGUGGGAAAGCGCAACUAUCGCUUCUUCUACAUGUUCAUCGUCUCACUGUCCUUUCACACCGCCUUCAUCUUCGGCUGUGUGACCACACACCUGGCUCUAAGGUCACAGGGAGGAAACGGCUUGGUGUUUGCACUCCAGGCGAGUCCUGCCAGUGCUUUAGAGCUGGUGGUUUGUUUCUUUUCAGUUUGGUCUAUUUUAGGCCUCUCAGGUUUCCACACUUACCUGGUUGCUGCUAAUCUCACCACAAACGAGGACAUUAAAGGUUCCUGGUCAGGGAAGAGUGAGAAUGAGGAAACUGGGAAUCCUUAUAGUUAUAACAACAUUUUUAAAAACUGCUGCUCAGUGCUGUGUGGGCCAAUGCCUCCCAGUUUGAUAGAUAGAAGAGGCUUAGUGCCGCAGGAGGACGUUGUCCAAGCAGGUCCCACAGAGCUCGGGUUUCCUACAGCAAAGAACGACAUCAACAUGGAUGCUAAAGGCAUGCUGGAUACAGCGAUAUGCUCUCACCAGUCCAGCCCCUGUCCUCAAAGCAAGUCCCAGACCUUGGCCACUCUACCUACCAUCACUCCUGCCUCUUCUCCUGCUCCUGUGCAGCCCAUGGCCUCAAAGGUCCGGAAGACGCCGUCCCACAGACAUCAUCACAAGGGAAAGCGGACCAGCUCACAAUCUCUCAACCAAAUCUACAUUUCCAGUUCCAGCAGCAGGACCCAAGCACAUGUGUAGCUUGAGACAAAUGAAAGACCCAAGAUUCAAAGUACACUUCACAGCAUGGAUCACCUGCUUAAAGACUACUAGAAAGGAAACUGACAAUUCCUUACAGAGCCAUGAAACUCACUUGAUCUGUCGGCUCAGUGGAGUGUUUGAACAUUAGUGACAAUUAAAAACACACACAGCCCUUCUGAAGGCUGUUAGAAAACCUGCAGGUCAGAUGUUUUCAUGUAGAUUGCCAAAUUUAAGUAAAGGGCUGCUCUGUGAUAAGAGAAUAAUGAAACGUCUGAAUAUGUAGAUAUCAUCAUCUACUUGAAAUAUUCAGGCUCAUUUAUCACUAUCUUAUCUGAUUUUUCCUGUGGUCUUUAUUGAUAGGGAAAUAGGGAAUAACAUCUGAAGGUCACACAAGCAAGUGGUUCAAGAUGUUCAAAUCAAGAGAACGCUCAUGCAAAGCUACUGGGAAUAUGGACACAGCAUAAACUGGGUGUAAUGUUUGAGGCUAAUGAUUUAGCUAGCUAGCACACAUCUAUUCAGUAUCUCACGCAAACAAUCUACAGACUGAACACAACUUUUACCUCAGAUGCGCUCACAAAUCACGACUGCUAAACAAACUGGAUGCUAAAUCACAACUGCUAAACAAAUACCAUGGAUGCUGCAAUGUUGAGAAACAUCAGCACUAUGACAACUGUUCACAAGCAGUGGACCACACACGACAUAUUCUAUCAGAUCUGCUGUUUGAGGUCAUUAGUUUUGUGCCACAAAAACAGCAACUUUGCACUAUGCAAUUGGGAAGUUGGUUUAAACAGCAAUAAUUUAAGAUGAGUUUAUUUAUUGUGUAUGUUGAAUGAACUCUGGGAUCCAUUUAUCUGGCCUUCAAGGCCACAUUUUUGUGCGUUAAGACCAGCCUUCUUUAUGCAAAUGACUGUGCAUGCUGGAAAAAAGAUUGCUUGCACUUUGUUGCCUAUCAUGGCUUUAAAAAAAGUGUCAUAACAAAUAGCUGUAGUGUCCUUUAUUCACUAAUCACUAUGUAAUCACACAAUGGAUCUGAAUGUUACUUAGAGGGGUUUUUUUAGGGACAGGACUGAUACAGUGGUACAUCCAGGUGAAAUAAGCUGUAUUGUAGUGUGAAACAGGUCAUGUGAUUUCCCAUUAUCUUCUUUAUCUCAUUUUACAGCUGUUGGUCUUGUUUAAGCCAGCCAUCAUGGCUUCUUGGUGUUUUCAGGUGACAAAAAUAUAUUUCUAGCACUUGGAACUGUAUGGAUAAGAAAAUAAGUUGUGGGUGAAAUGCUAUUAUCCAGGUAUGGUUCAUUAUUAUGCAAUUUUAGUAAGGAAAAUAUGAGUACAGAACGUUCAUGUUUGCCUGCUAUUCUUUAACUUUGCAAUAUUUGCACAAAUAAAUCGAAAAUUC